CUCCCGCACACCUUUGUUGUUGUGUUUGUGAUUAGCGAGCGAAGUGCGACUGACUCUGGGGUCGUUCCGUUCGGAUUUUACUGACAAAAUUGAAUUAAGAGUCGAUAUAAAAAUGUCCGGAAACAACACGGACACUGGGGACACCACGGCCAUCAUGUCAAGCACGUCUUUGCAGAACGAUUUCGAGACGGGCGAGGACCAACUGCCCCGCGAGUCUUUGAUAACGACUGCAGUUAGCUUUCUACAGAACACCAAAGUGCGCCACACUACCCUUAUCCAGAAGCAGCAGUUCCUGCGGUCCAAAGGUCUGACUGCCCACGAGAUCCAGCUGGCCUGCGAGCGGGCCGGCGUCUUCACCCAGGAUCCCAAUAACUUUAAUCCGAAUAUCAACUCCAAUCCCAACACUGUCAUAAGCAUAGGGUCUCAGCUCCAGGCGCUGCAGCCCCAGCCAUCCGCCUUCGUGCGGAUCCGGGAACUGAUCCACUCAGCGGCAUUACUCAGUGGAGUGGUGUACGCCGUCUACCUCUUCUGGAAGAAAUACAUUGCUCCCUACCUAUUUGGCAAGCCGAAGAAGAAGCCCGUGGACGAGGCGCUGGACGAUAUAGACCGGAAAGUGGAAACACGGACCAGCGAGCUCAACAAAGAGAUCUCUGCAGUCAAGGAUCUGAUCUCUAGUCAGCAGCGGGAUCAGGCCCAGCACCUGAACCGGGAAUUCAACAACUUCCGCAGUGACCUCGAUGCCAUCAAGGGUCUCCUUCUGAACAGAAAACAGUUUGCCGGCCCGGUGGCCCCUCUGUCAGUGCCAUCCAUUCCCGCCUGGCAGCUGGCGGGCUCUCCCCACCACCGACACCGUCACAGCCAGUCAGACGACAAUGAGAAGGGCGACGAUGCCGGCUCCGGAUCUGGCUCGUCGGAGACCGAGGUGGUGACCAAAAACAGUGACUCCAGCCUGGAGAUCAUGUAAUGUAAUAGGCGGACGUUGAGCUAUAGGAUCGUUUGUAAAUUGAUUUUCCCCUGAAUGCCUUUGAGACUUGGUUUUUGCUUUGCGUUUAUAGCAUUUAAGUUUUCUUUAUAGUCAACAGCUAAUCCAUAUCCAAAAUUACAUACACACAUUCACAUAUACACUCUUAUGCGAUACGAUGUCUAUAUAAUAUAAUAAUAAUAAAAAAGUUUACAUAAUAA